AGCAUGUUUGCUGAAGUUCUUUACUCACACCAAGUAAACUUUAACGCCCUGGGAACACUGUUUGUAUUUCGCCUUGUCUCCCUGCCAAACAAAGUAUUGACUUUGCAGUGCAGCAUUAUGGGCCCAUCAUAUCAUUUCAGUUCAGCUGGACUGAAGUGCAGACGUCUGGAUUUUACUGCUGACCCUUUCCACAGGAGGCGAUGGAAGGGAAGCUUCCAGAAGAGCAGGUGAAGUCUUUGUUGGCUCCAUGGAGGUUUUCCCUGCAGUCGAGUGGAUUUGAGAACAGGCUUGUGACAGCUCUUGAACUUUACGAGCACUUCCCAUUGGACAUAGUUGUCACUGGUGGGACCAGGGAUGCUAAUGUACAUCUAGCUAACGCUGUCUGUGCAACGAGUGAUGAAAAGGUGGAAGAAGAGGAGGAAGAAGACGAAGAGGAAACAGGUGACAAAGAGGAGGAGGUAGAGAAAGAUGACAAAUCCAAAGAUAAAGUCAGCAAAAAAGUUAGCAUAGUCACUAAGGAGGAUGAAAAAGAUGAGGAAGGUAAACUAAUAAAGGAAAAGAAGAAACAAGCAAGAUCUGUACAUUACGCAAAUGUCGAUUCAGUGGAAGAAGGUCCUCUUCUCUUGCACCCUAAAAUCCCCAAUGUCCGCAUUUGGACAGUAGAAGGUGGACCUUCUUCCAUUCAGAUCAGCUAUGAUGUCCUGGUGAUCCUCACCACUGAAAUACACCACGAAGACCACAUUCGGUUCACCAUGGAACAGCGUGAGAAAGACAAGCCCUUGUACCUGGUCAGAGCUGACCAAGAAUGGGAUCUAGUCUCCGAAAAGCCUGACGGACCCUGCAAGACCUGCGCAUGGGAGAGAAUGAGAGCUCGCAAUCUGGAGCUCCAGAAGAAACACAAGCUGGCAUCUGAAUCAGGACACCAUGCAAAGGAAGGGGAGACGUCUUCAGAGUUUCCGUCAGUCGCAAAGCUUCUUGGCCUGAAGGAGAUUGCAGAGGUUUUAAUAGAGGCAUUACCAGAACUGCGCAAAACAGCUUUCAGUCAGUUUCUGGUGGACAUCACGAGAGAAACCAGGGUUUCUAAAGCACCAAAUAUGAGCACAACGCCUCUGGUAUGCUCAGCUUUGAAAAGUGGGAAGAUAAGUCAAGAAGACCUGGACCGAAUCUCUACAGUUUUUCAUCCCAGAGAUCUCACUGACCAACCGUCCAAGCUUCUAUCUGUCCUCAACGCCCUGGAACACUUUAGACUGGACAUCGGUCUCAUUGGGGAGACAGGCUGUGGCAGCUCCAGCUUGUUCAACUCCCUCCUUGGCCUGGAGGACAGCGACCAAGGUGCUGUCUCCAUUGGCGUCACUGAGACCACUCAGGAACCGGUGUCUUAUCCUUAUCCAGGCUGCACCAAUGCUUUUGUGUGGGACCUUCCUGGGCUGGGAAGAGUGGGGGACUUGAGAAACCAGUCUAUUGGGUUUGGUUUGCACCAGACUCCUCUGUUACCUUCCGAUCUCCCUGCAUGUGAUGUCUAUAUCUUGGUAUCACCCCUGAGGCUCGGUCUGGGCUACAUCCGGCUGUUACAGCACCUUCUGUCACAGGGCAAGUCCUGCUACCUGGUGAUCUCCAAGGCUGACUUGAUUGAGGAGAAGUCUGCUGGAGAGGUGAGGAGAUGGACGGAGGAGGCUUUGGAGAAGCUCGGUCUUAAACAAGAUGUGUUCUUGGUGUCAGCGCUCCAUCCUGAGACCAUGGAUUAUGAUGAACUGAAGGAGACACUGGGUAAUGCAUUAUCACUGCAUAAGAGAGCUACUCUGGCCAGUUAUGUGGCCAAGCUGCUGGAUCAGGAUGUCUUCUGGAAGAGGGCUGACCCCUGCAAGCUAAUGUGACUCUAUGUGCCUUAUAAAGCAGGGGUCAGCAAUAGGAUUUAAGGAUUUUAUUGUCAUUCGCAUCACAUGUGGUACAUGAGGUGGAACGAAAUUGUGAUCUCACGAUCCAGUUUACACCCAAGAGCUGUUGUUAAAAUAGAUAUAUAGAUUAAAAAAAGCAUUAAACAUCUGGCCCAUGAGGUUGUUUGAACUAUAAUGAACGAUAAUGAAAAAAAAAGCUUCUCUGGCGAGCUUUCGUUUACAUUCCUCCUUUGUCUCUCUGUUGCACUCGGCACGACUUUAGUUUCCAGCAGUUCAGUUUUUCCGCCCGUUCUAGGCCCUUGUAUAAGGGCAUUUUUCCCCGGCUGUGUCCCAAUUCACUAGCCGGGGCAGCGGCAGUGAUCUAUUGAUCCCGUGUGAGGUGCGGUGUGUUUAUUUAUUUAUUUUUUCCUUUCUUCUUGGGUUUACCUGCUUUGAGAUCAACUGUUCUACAAAUGGGUUCCACAACCCUCUGGGCUGGAGAGCUACUAGUCUGUAGCAGAGUUUAUUUUGAAUAUUUGUUUUAAGUCCCUCAUGGUUCUACUGUAGGACCUGUGAAGCUAAUGUUAAUUGUGACAGUUAUGCAGCCAUACAUGUGUGGGCUGCAGGGUCUAAAGGGUUACAUUGCACUCAUUGCCUAUUGGCACCAAGCCUAAUGCCAGGUGUGGACUACAAUAUGGGUAGAUCUGAAAGUGUUCUCUGGAAUGCUGGUGCUCAAUCUAAUACCUUUGGUAACAUCAUGACCACAGUAACAUUCUUCUCAUCAAACAAAGUCCAAACUAAUCCUCACAGCAAUGCUUUAACAUCUAGUAGAGACAGUUACUCCAACAUAAGCUAGAUAAGCUCUUUUAAAUACCCUUGGAAUACAUAAUGUAAGAGCACCAAUACUCUCCGUGUUCAUAUAGUGUAUGUACCUGAUAAUAAUUCUGUAUAACUCUGUAUAAUUCUGUUACUCUGUAUGUAAUCGUUUACAUUCUUCAUUAAUAAAGCAUUUUGUUUCCCA